AAAACGCAGAGACUCGUUAGAUGCCAUUGAGCCGCUGAAAUGGAUAAAGUCCGAAGGCCCAUCCAAGAUAACGAAAGCAUCUCUGAUUCCAUUUCCUCUCUAUAAAAGGAACCGAGCAAAAGUUUCUAGUCGUAGUUCUUCAAAUUAUCGGGCGAAAAAUCUUUUUCUCCCUUAUCCAACCUUUCAAACAAACAUCGCCGACGUCGCGCUGUUGAACCCUAAAAACCACGCUAAAACCGUAAAUCAAACUUCUCGAAUCGAUGAUUGAACCAUACAACAAGCUGGUUAAACUAGCGGCGAGGGCUUUCUACGAUGAUUUAACGAGCAAAGGAGAUAAUCAGCCCAAAACGGGAAGGAGUGAUAACAGGGGAAUUGCCGUGGUAGUUCUUGAUGCGCUCACGAGACGACAAUGGGUUAGAGAAGAAGACUUAGCAAAGGACCUCAAAUUGCAUACCAAACAACUUCGUCGAACUCUGCGGUUCUUUGAAGAAGAAAAGAUCAUUACUCGAGAUCAUAGGAGAGAGACAGCAAAAGGUGCAAAAAUUUAUAGUGCUGCUGUAGCUGCUACAGCUGAUGGUCAACAGACAGCAAAAGAGGGAGAAGAAAAGGUCAAGCUGCACACACACUCGUACUGUUGUCUAGAUUAUGCACAGAUAUAUGAUGUAAUUAGGUACAGACUACAUCGCAUGAAACAUAAGCUAAAAGAUGAGUUGGAGAACAAGAACACACUUCAGGAAUAUAUAUGUCCAAACUGUGGAAAAAGAUACAAUGCUUUGGAUGCUCUGCGGUUAAUAUCUUUUGAAGAUGAGGACUUCCAUUGUGAAAGUUGUAAUGGAAAAUUAGAGGUUGAAAGUGAUAAGAUAGCUGCUCAAGAAGGGGGAGAUGGAGAUGAUAAUGCUAGAAGACGACGGCGUGAAAAGUUAAAGGACAUGCUUCAAAAGAUGGAGGUACAGCUCAAGCCUUUAAUGGACCAACUUGGUCGGGUAAAAGACUUGCCUGUUCCAGAAUUUGGCAGUCUUCAAGCAUGGGAAGCUCGAGCCAGUGCUGCUGGCCGUGCAGCUAAUGGAGAUAUCAAUGCUGGUGAUUCCAAAAUUUCUCAGCUUGGAUAUAAUGGAACACCAAUGCCAUACAGUGGAGAUACUAAGGUUGUAGUUGAUUUCAAUGGCACUGAAGACAAAGGUGAGGGUGUCAAGUCUGAAACUGACAGUACAUCUUUAAAGGUUUUGCCUCCAUGGAUGAUUACGUCAGGAAUGGUUCUUACAAAGGAACAACUUGGAGUGGUGAAGCAGGAAACUAAGAUGGAUGGGACUUCAACUUCAACAACAGCACACUACACAGAUGACAAGAAGUUAGCAAUUGAACGUGAUGAUAAUAAAAAUAUACAGGAUGAGUAUAUUAAGGCUUAUUAUGCUGCUUUACUUAAGCAACAACAUGAAUUGGAGGCAGCUGCAAAAAACCAAUUGUCAAAUACACAUGCAGCAGAUGAUCCUUCUGGCAGCACUUCCAAUCGUCAGGUUGGCGUCAAAUCGAAACGUGAGGAAGAUGAUGAUAUUGAGUGGGAGGAAGCUCCAAUUUCUGGCAAUGGAAAUGAAGGUUACAAGGUCGGUGAUUUGAAUGUUCAAGCUGAGGAAGUUCCAGCAGAUGAUGAUGACGACGACGUUGACUGGGAGGAAGGUUGAUGAAAAAUUAUGUGGUCAGCAUAGAAUGUAAUGGCCUAUUCUGAUUGCCAAGGGCAAGUGCUCAUGCAAUUAUACUGCUUCAAAUUAUGUACCAUAAGACCGGAAUUAACUGCUCAUUAUAUUAUUCAUUGUGCGUGUUGAUGUGAUACGUGUCCGUGGUUUCAGAGAUGGUGCGCAGUUGACUUUUAAGUUGUAAAUUACCAGUUUUCAUCGUAUGUUGGAUGAACAACUCUACUAUGAACCUUUGCAUGUUAUGGCUGUUCAAAAAUAGUCUCUCGAACUUCUUUUCAUCGGGAGCGUAUUAAUAUUUACUAAUGGAUACAUAGUUUGGUGAAUGGCGGGCCACAUCAACGUUGUAACUAUGGUGUUCUCACACCGAUGAAGAAAACGGUGAGCCCUGAAUUAUUUCUACCUCAUCCAUUUCCGGCUCGGCCCUUUAAAUUUGAUACCCUUUUCCCGAAAAUAUACAUAAGGUUAAGGAGAGAAUAGAGAUGUGCAGUUAAAUUUGAUGCCCCUUUGAAUUGGGUUUAAUAGCUUAUUAAGAAUUUUCAAUUCUUUUAUCAUCAUACUUUUUUUUAGAAUGCCAAGUUAAUUUUAAAAAAUGCUGAUAAAUGUUUUGUAAUAGAUCGUAGUUUUAAAUUUUUGUGAAAUAAUUCAUUUAAUCCAAAUCCCUUUUUCUUGAUGUCUUUUAAUUAAGUUCUUCGCAGACAAUGCUACAAUGUUGUAUUCCUUUUAUGAAUAAAACAAUCGAGAUGCGAAUUUUCGUU